GCGAUGGAGACUACAAGCAGGUAACAUUGCUUCGCUCCUACAACCUCGUUCUGGAACUAAUCAUUCAGAUCGGUCUCGGCUUGCUUACGUUGCCGACGACAGAAACUCAAAUGUGGAGGUCCCAGCGAAGUCCCUUGUGCGAGGUGCAAAUCGAGCCGGGCUGAAUGCGUCUUUGUGAAUCCCCGGGCAUCGCGUGCCUCGAGCAGGUCUAGGCACCUUGCUGAGGCAUUAGAGUGAGUUGAUAUGAUUGCGUUUGAUAUAAUUUCCUGCUCACAUCCCAGUGACAAAUGGUCUGCCCUAGAGCAGCGGAUGAAUAGCUUGGAGGAGAGACACCAGAAAGAGUUGAAGGAACUGCAAAGCACAGUCUCUCGGUUGUGCGACCGGGUCCAAUCUAGCGCAGGGACAGAGAGUGGGGUGUCGUUGUCGGACGAUGAGUUGCUCGCCGGGAAUCGAGCCAAGGAUACGGCCUCAUUUGACAUCGUGCGAUGUGGUAUUGUUACCGAGGAUGAGUGGGAGGAGCUGUAUGAUUUUUUCGAUGAGCACUGCCGGACAGUCAUCGCAUUCAUGGAUGACCAGCUCUACUCAGCGGCGCACGUCACCCGCAAACAACCUCUGAUGGCGACGGUAAUCUGUGUCAUUGCAUCCAAGGCGGUUCGCCCGGAGAAAUAUACCACCUAUCUUGAUGCAGCAGACCAGAUAAUCAGCGCCACGUUCUCUGGAGCCAUAGAUCUAUACACCGUCCAGGCCGUGAUGCUUCUAGCCGCCUGGACUGGCAGGCAUCGUCUAUGGGGAUAUAUCGCUUCUAUCGCCGUGGAACUGGGCUUGAACAUGGCUGCGUCAAAAUUAGGAGAUGUCUCUGUAGAACACACAGCAGACUUAGUCGGUUCAGCAAGAACGUGGUUCUCGUUGUGUUGCUUUGACCUAAUGAUCAAUCUGAAUCGUCCAUUUGUCGUCUGCAAUAUUAUGGACUAUCUACCUGUUGCCUCUCAACUUCUGGUGUCUCCUCACUGCAGACCGGUGGACUAUCGCCUUUGCGCGUAUUUGCAGGGGUUUUCAAUCACCGCUGAAGCCAAAACGCAAAUAGCCAACGCAGAAUUGCAACUGAAUCCACUGCCUGGCAGCGUAGUUCAGAGAUUGAGAACCCUUGAUCAGAAAAUUGACCGCUGGUUCUACCAUAUCAACAACAGUAUGGAGCCGCUCUAUCAGACUUUUGCUAAGAAGCAAGACCGUAAUCGCUUUAUGGUCCCCUACGCCUUUCUCAAGAUUUACGUGAACGGUCUUGCUUUGCACGGGAAGGUGUCUCAACACGGAAGAGCGGAUACCAAUAGGGUGACUUUCAUUCAGAAGGCUCUAGAUAGCGCAUGUCUACUGCUUCAAACUCAGUUUGAGUCGAAGGAGUUCCGACAAAUGCUGCCCUACUCGGGAGACUACAAUCUCGUGACUACUUACUAUGCUAUCGAGUUCAUGCCCAAAGCUCUCGAAGUCGCUAGUGCAGCUGUGAAUUGCGGGCUGGUGCUUUCGAGACUACGUCAGGGGGCCCAGUUCUUGGAAGAGGCUGGGGCUGCGGAAUCUGCUCACAAAGUUCGAGAUGAAUUGCAUAUGCUGAAACAAGUGAUGCGGACUUCUUUACCCCCGGAAGGUCUUGUGGCGGACUUAGACCAAGCUGCGGGAGAGUUUCUUUUUGACAUUCCAAAUUUUUUGGAUAAAUGACUCAAGGAGAUUUGCAUCAGUGAUAUAGAGGACUCGGACUCAACUUGCGUUGUAAUUCUUCUGAGAU